AUGAGCAGAGAGGACAUGGAACAAGAAAUAAAAGAACAUAAAUUUCUGGAAUAUGGAGAACACAAUAAUCAUUUGUAUGGAACGAGUUUGGACUCGAUAAGAGACGUCAUAAAACAGGGGAAAAUGUGCGUUUUGGAUUGCGGUCCGACAGCAUUGAAAAUCCUUCACAAUUCAUCUGAAUUCAUGCCUUACGUAGUUUUCAUAGCCGCUCCAGAUAUGGAACAAUUGAAACAUUUGUACCACGAAAAUAGACCACUGGGAACAUCGAGAGGAAUUUAA